UUUAAUUGGAAAAGCGAGCGAGAGAGAUCAAAUUCUCAGACCAAAAACCCUAAUCAGAAAAUUUAGGGAUCAAAAUCUUAAUUCUUGUAAUGGUUAUUGGUUAGGGCGUCUUGCUCUAUUGAAGAAAUCGUUGAAGCGUAGUUGAUCUAGUGCUUUAUCUGUUGCUAGAUUUCCUUAUUAUUCUGUUGUAAUUCUAGAGUUGCUUACUCCAGGUUUUGAAUGGAUCUCCCUCAAGAACUCGACGACUACAUGAAAGAAUCGAUCGAACACGCCUUGGGUCUUCCUGUAUCUGCACAAACUCUUCAGUUAAAGCUUCAAGCAUCCGAGGAAGCCCAACGCCGACUCCGCGAGCAGUACAUUCGACUCGCUUCGAAAUUGAACGAAAAGGACGAAAUCAUCGAUCGCGCUAGGGCGGAGUCGAGUAUGAAUGCACAAGCGUUGAAGAAAUUUGUUGAUGAGAACCAGAAAUUGGCAGCAGAGUGUGCAAAUCUGUUGAAUCAGUGUAAAAGAUGGGAGAGGGAGUGUUCACUUUAUGACCGUGAUAGAGAGGCAUUGAUGGAUUUUGGGAAUGAGGCUGAUGAGAGGGCAAAAGAGUCGGAGGUCAGGGUCCAGGAGAUGGAGGAGAAAUUGGGGAGGUUAGUUGAGGAAUUGCAGCUGUACAAGCAUGGGUAUGAGAAGCGUGGCCUGGUCGAUUCUGCUGCCGAGACCAUGGAUAUUGAGGAGACUUUACUCGAGUCAGUCUUAUCAACAUUUAUCAAUAAAAAAGAAGUUGCAUCUGGACAUGCUUUCCUCGAGGGGAAUAGUGAACAUGGGCCAUGUCAGACAUUGCUCAAAAUGUGGAAUAGAUUGAGGCCAUCAACUCAAAAGGUUAUAUCAUUGGUUGCUGAAUUCAAGACUCUUGAGAAAGAUAAGGAACAUCUCAGAAUCAAUCUCAGUAGAGCUGAAGAGGAGGCCAAACUGCUUUUUGAAGAAAACAACAUCUUGGAUGAGGAAAACAAAAGGUUGUUGAGGCACCACCACAGGGAGCAGAAUGUUCAUGGUUCUGGUGGAAAACGCAGCUGCAGUGCUUCAGCCAAGACAAACAAGCGAAAAUCAAGUCCAAAGAUGAGUAGCCCAGUUGAGAAGAAGAUUGAUUUUGAUGAUAUGGACUCAAUCCGAUAUCCUUUGUCACCCUUAAGGUGCAACUCCCCGGAAUCUAGAAUGCAUAAGAAGUGACUACAAAUCCUUAUGCGUCAUGCUAAUUUCUUCCCUUACCACCUGGUAAUUCUUUAUGUUGGAAGGUUUCCCUAAAGAAAGAAUAGCUUUUCUUGAACCAGAUAAAAAAAAAAGGACAAGGAAAAUGGUGAGGAUUGUUUUUCUUGAGCUCUCUUGAAUUGAGAGUCUUUUACUUUUCUGUUUCUUUAAUCCUUGUCGUUUUUAAUGGUAGUCUGGGACUCUGAUGCAUAAUAAUUUGAGAAGAAGGCACCAUCUUAGAGGAUCAUAAUGAAGUUAUUAUGAUCUUCUAGGGCAACAUGGUACAUACCUUGUAAAACUGCUGCUGAACCCUGAGAUAAGCUCAUCCUUUUCAAUGUGGUAUAUUUUAUCUGUAGAAUUCUUGUUAAUAUCCUAAAUAACUUGCUGCUAAUAGUGGUUGUUCUUAGA